AUGAUGAAGCUGCUAACUCUAAUCAGCCUCUGGGCUCUGUCUCUUUUCCCUCUUGCUCUCGGCGCGGAGGUUGUGCCGCGCGCUACCUUCACGGAGGUAACCGACUACGGAUCUAACCCAACCGGCACGCGCAUGUGGCUUUAUGUCCCCAACAACCUCGCCUCUAAGCCGGCCGUCGUUGUCGGAAUCCACUGGUGCAGCGGCAGCGCGCAGGCCUACUACCAGGGCAGCCAGUGGGCACGGUACGCCGAGACAUAUGGCUACAUCGUCAUCUACCCGCAGACGCCGUACACACGCGACAACUGCUGGGAUGUAGCGUCGAAGAUGACUUUGACGCAUAACGGUGGUGGCGCGAGCAAUUCAAUCGCGAACAUGGUCAAGUUCGUGAUCGCUCAAUAUGGAGCGGAUGCGAGCAGGGUGUAUGCUACGGGUAUUUCAUCUGGGGCCAUGAUGACGAACGUGUUGGCCGCGACUUAUCCAGAUAUCUUCGCUGCCGGUAUAGCCUACGCAGGCGUCCCAGCCGGCUGCUUCAUGAGCGUUGAUGACGUCCCCGACGCCUGGAACAUAACAUGCUCCACUGGCCAGUCCAUUUGGACGCAGCAACAAUGGGCCAACGUCGUGUAUGAGAUGUAUCCGGGUUACACGGGGCCGCGGCCAAAGAUGCAGAUUUACCACGGAACGUUGGAUGAGGCGCUCAACGUUCAAAACUACUACGAGACUAUCAAGCAGUGGACGGGAGUAUUUGGCUACUCAACUCAGGCGCAGUCGACGACGCCCAACUUCCCGAGAAGCCCUUACACGAAAUACGUGUUCGGGGACAAACUGCAGACGUUCUUGGGUACCGGCGUUUCUCACUCCAUUGAUGUGUUUCCUGAAGAGGACCUGAAAUGGUUUGGCUUCCUGGAUGCUGGGAUAGGCCUAAUCAUGACUCAGAACCCAGUAACCCCUGUAACAACAUCCACAACGCUGCGUACCAGUACCACAUCGACAGCCAGGUCGACGACAACCACAGCACCUGGAGGGUCAGGGACUUCACCUCAAUGGGGCCAGUGUGGUGGUAUCAAUUGGACGGGUCCUUUUUCGUGCGCGAGCCCGUACACGUGCGUCAAGAUUAAUGAUUGGUACUCCCAGUGUCAGUAA